AUGUACUGCCGUCUAGUUCUUGUGUUAGUCCUCUCCAGUAUUGCAAGUUCGCAGUCAAUCAUCAAGGCACUUCCAGGAUUCCCAGGAAACCUUCCCUUCAAACUUGAAACUGGGUAUGUUGGAGUAGAUGAUAUGGAUGAUGUGCAGUUAUUCUACUACUUCGUCAAGUCUGAAAGAAAUCCAAGAGAUGACCCUCUAUUGCUUUGGCUCACCGGAGGUCCUGGUUGUUCAGCAUUUUCUGGUCUUGUAUAUGAAGUUGGUCCAUUGUCAUUCGACUAUGCGAAAUCCAAUGAAAACUUGCCAACAUUUAAAUUGAACCCAUACUCAUGGACAAAGUUAGCCAGUAUGAUAUUCUUGGAUGCGCCCGUGGGCACUGGAUUCUCCUAUUCACGAACUGCAGAAGGUUACAACAUGAACGACACACUAUCAGCUUCACAAAUCUAUGCUUUUCUAAGGAAGUGGCUUAUCAAUCACCCCAAGUUUCAGAAAAAUCCACUCUAUGUCAGUGGUGACUCGUAUUCAGGCAUAAUCAUCCCCAUGGUGGUUCAGGAAAUAUCCAAUGGCAAUGACGAAGGGAAAGAGCCAAAAAUGAAUAUUCAAGGAUACACGAUUGGAAACCCAGUAACAGAUCACUUUAGUGACUUCAAUUCAAGAAUUGAAUACACUCAUCGAGUAGGAAUUCUUUCAGAUGAGCUCUAUGAGGAACUUAAAGAAAGCUGCAACGGGAAGUAUGUAUAUGUAGAUCCAAGCAAUGUAGAAUGCACAAACAAUCUCAAAGUGUACACACAGUGUAUCAAUAAAAUAUAUUCUGCACACAUAUUGGAACCUUCGUGUGCCAUGUUGUCCCCAAAUCCAAAUGCAUCAAAAUUGGAUCGAAGUUCCCUCCAAGAAAUCAAUUCCAUAGGUUUACUCCUUUCUCAACCUCAAAAACCUGAACCAUGGUGCCGGAGUUAUAACUACGUGUUUUCCUACCUCUGGGCUAAUGAUAAAACCGUCCAAAAGGCUCUUCACGUUCGAGAGGGAACAGUAAAGGACUGGGUGAGAUGCAAUGAAAGCUUGUCUUACACUUCUAAUGUCUUCAGUUCUGUUGAUUAUCAUCGAAAUCUCACUAAGAAAGCUUAUCGAGCUCUGAUUUACAGUGGUGAUCAUGAUAUGCUUAUUCCAUAUGUUGGUACACAAGCAUGGAUAGCAUCUCUCAACUUAAAUAUUUCUGAAGACUGGCAACCAUGGUUUGUGGAUGGUCAAGUUGCAGGGUUUAGGGUUGAGUAUUUACACAACAAAUAUCUGAUGACAUUUGCUACUGUAAAGGGAGCGGGUCACACAGCUCCAGAAUACAGGCCUAAGGAAGGCUUUGCCAUGGUUUAUAGGUGGCUUGCUCACUACUUUCUCUAG